AUGCCUUCGAAAUACGAGAUCCCUCCGUAUCCAGUACUCACGACACCAUUCCUUCUACAGUAUAUUUCAGCCCUAUUCGAGGAUGUUCAGAAGAAAUACAACACCACAGUCCGCUUUCGUCCAAUCCCUUAUGUCUCAACCUCAACCACUUCCUCUUCUUCUCCCGAUCUUCAAAAUCUUCUGUUGAUUCCUUCGGACUGUGAAUCUGCUUCCACAUCACCAUCCACAACUGUCACAUCCAGCUACAGUACUCCUUCUUCCCCAGAACGAAAAGCCAAGUACGGUGCCUAUUCGCCUGCUUGUCAAUGUAAAGUGUGCGGGAAAGAGUUCAGUAGACAAUGGCUUCUUCAAGGACAUCUCAGAACUCACACCGGCGAGAAACCAUUUGAAUGUGAGAUCUGUUUGAAACGUUUUGCCGACAAAAGCAACCUGCGAGCCCAUAUUCAAACACAUUCAGGUACUAAACCACACAAGUGCUCCAGAUGCGGGAAGAAUUUCGCUCUAAAGUCCUACUUGUCAAAGCACGAGGAGUCAAAGUGCUACGUUCGUGAACAAUAA